AUGGCUUGUUUCGUUCCAGGGGCGUUACGAGGCUGCGCCAGGAAUUUCUACAACCUUGCUACAAGGUUCGAGGUGGUUUUCAAGACCCAGGAGAAGAUCAACGAGUCCGAUGUGGUACAUCACGUCCGAUUCAAGGUGACCCAGCUGGGUCGGAUCGGGUCGCCGUCACUACCGUCCGACUCCGGCCCAGAGAAGACGCGCUACCUCAGUCCGACGGAUGUCAGUGCGGCUUCUCUGGCGCCCGACAAUGUCAACUUCAUCAGCACGGCAGAGUUUUCAGCCAUCCAUCCCUACCACUUCAUCUUUGAUAAGGAGCUGACGAUCAAGCAGUACGGGUUCGGCCUACGUCUCCUGUGUCCGGCUGUCACCUCGUUCCCCGCCGUGUCGACCCUGAUGGAGCUGGUAUGGCCCUACACCACACUCAGCUAUGAUAACGUCGAGCGGUUCAAGAACCUGGUGUUCCAGUUCGCUGUCAUCAGUGGCACUGAACGGACUGUCGGUACAGUGCUUAGAGGCGAGCUGAUCUUCCUAUCGAAGCGGCUGGUGCUGUUUCUGGGCAACCCGAUGGUGAAGAGUCUGAAGGAGCUGGCCGACCGGUCUCUAAAGAUCUCCGACAUCCCGCGCUCCGACUCGACCAGGGAGCUGAUUCUGCUCAAACACCAGCGAAGCACAGAGUUCGACCUCAUGCAGCGACUGGAGGCCACCACAGCCGAGCUGAAGCGGACAGCCGCCGCUCUGGAGCGGGAGAAGGAGAAGACGGACAGGCUGCUGCACAGCAUGCUGCCCCCGGAGGUGGCGCACAAGCUGAAGAGCGGUGAUCAUGUUCAGGAGGCGUUUGAGAGUGCAACCAUACUUUUCAGCGAUAUCGUCACAUUUACCGUGAUAGCAUCCAAGUGUGAACCGAACCAAAUCGUCAUGCUACUCAACGAAAUGUACAUCCGAUUCGACGCAGCCACGGAAAACAACCGGGUAUAUAAGGUGGAGACGAUCGGAGACGCCUAUAUGGUGGUGGGCGGUAUUCCGACCAGGGUACCCGACCACGCCACCAGAGUCGUCAGCCAGGCCAUCGACAUGGUGCGACUGGCACGCGAGGUGGCGCAUCCCAUCACAGGGGAUCCCGUGCAGAUUCGCGUGGGCGUACACACAGGUCCCAGCGUGGCGGGGGUGGUCGGCCAGAAGAUGCCCCGCUAUUGUCUGUUCGGCGACACAGUGAACGUGGCGAGUCGAAUGGAGUCGCACGGAGUGCCCGGCAGGAUCCACAUCAGCGGCGCCUGCAAACGGCGACUGGAAUCAGAGGAGAAAUCCCAGCAGUUCCAGCUCGAGCCUCGCGGCCCGGUGGAGAUCAAAGGCAAGGGACUGAUGGAGACCUACUUCGUGUGUACGCCGUUCGACCCGUGCCCAACACCGCCGGCACACAAGAGCAAAACCACCAACGGGACGGGGUCGAGGCGUGGAAACGGCAUCACGAGAAAACGCGGCGAGAGUGGAGUGUGUCACAUGCAGUAGGUGCGAUGGUCUCGGUUGAAGUUGGACUUCAGAUGACAUCGCUAAUCGGUGGAACGCUUAUGACGUCAUCAGUGAUGCCAUUGGAUAUUCAGUCGCAAGGCGACGUUUGUGUUUCUUAUGGUGCACGAACUUAGUAGGAUAGGCACGCUUUGCUAGUGAGCUGUGUAAGGCUUUGGAGAAAGAGAGAGAGAGAGAGAGAGAGAGAGAGAGAGAGAGAGAGAGAGAGAGAGAGAGAGAGAGAGAGGGAGGGAGGGAGGGAGGGAGAGAG